UAGUUGGGGCUGUCCGUGUUACGGUUGCUCGAUAGAAAUAGUUGCUCAUUGGCCUCAAAAAAGAAAAGUGCAGCCGCUGCAUACAAGGGACGAGGGAGAAGAGGGCUGUUGAGGAUGACAGAGUCGGUACAGGCAUGGUUCUUCCUGUUGCUGGCUUUCGUGGGCGGCGUCUCCGCCGCAGCGUUCUCCUUUCGCCUCCUCGGCUACCUUGCGGUCUCCCUGCGCCGGCCGAGGGACCUACGCCGCCGGUACGGCGCGUGGGCAGUGGUAACAGGCCCGACAUCCGGCAUCGGCCGGUCCGUGGCUCUGAAGCUCGCGCGGAAAGGCCUCAACCUCGUCCUCCUCGACCUCAGCGCCGCCAACCUCCAGGAGACCUCCGACAUGAUCAGGUCUCGCCACGGCGUGAAGACCAGGACCGUGGUAUUCGAUCUCUCGCUCGUCGGCACCCCUCAAGGCGACGACUCCAUGCGGCGGCUCCGGGCGGCGAUCGACGGCCUGGACGUCGGGGUGCUGGUGAACAACGCCGGCGUGGCAAGGCCGUCCGUGGCGUACCUGCACGAGGCCGACGUGGAGGAGUGGGUGAGGAUGCUAAAGGUGAACCUGUGGGCGCUGACGGAGGUCACGGCGGCGGUGCUGCCGGGGAUGGUGGAGCGCGGCCGGGGCGCCGUACUGAACAUGGGCUCGGCGUCGUCGGAGGCCAUCCCCUCCUUCCCACUCAACACAAUCUACGCCUCCACGAAACGGUAUGUUGCCAAGUUCUCAAGGAGCCUUUACGUCGAGUAUAGAAACAAAGGGAUCGAUGUGCAGUGCCAGGCCCCAUUCUUCGUGGCGACCAGGCUGGUGUCGAGUGCCGUGCGGGACAACUGGCUCUCGGCGUUCGUGCCCACGGCGGACGCCUACGCCCGCGCGGCGGUGCGCUGGAUCGGGCACGGGCCGCUCUGCACCCCCAACGUCGGCCACCAGCUCCUGUGGUGCCUCGCCGGCGUCCUGCCCGAUGCCGCGCACGACUGGCUCCGCCUGCGCGGGAACCUGCGUCUGAGGGCCCUGUCCCGGAAAGCGAGGGCGGCGGCGGCUAAUUGUGGAGUGAAAACUGACUCCGAUCCCGCCAAAAAAUUGAGUUCUGAGAUUGGCUAAUGUGUUUGCUUGGCCUGCCUGAUAUGAUUUGCUUGCUUGACAUUCAAAGUGGGAGAACAACUGCUAGUCAAGUUCAGACUUCAGACAAUACACAUGUCCUGAUUGCGCUGAGGCAUGUUCAGUUUGUAAAUACCCUGAACCAUCAUGCUGGGUACACAGGCCAUCAGCUUGGGAGCAUACUGGAACAUGCCUCAGCGCAAAUAUUACCAACUAGAGUCUCUGUACACGCUAGGAAAAAGAAAAUACACUGUACACGCUAGGAAAAAAUAGACUCUGUACAACCAGUGCAAAUCAAUCCCUAAGUAUGCAUUAAUCAUCUCCAUAAGUUUAACAACGGUUUUCUGCCA